AUGGAGCAUAAAUACAAAAACAACUCCAGUCAAACUAAUUAUGAUAGUAAUAUACUAUCGAUUGAUCCUAAAAGAAUGAGCCAAACUUCGAUGAGAAUAUUUGAGAAUCCCCUAGAGAUUAUUUUUGCUCAAAAUGAUAUAAUUGAAGAGAGUGCCCAAUUAUUCCAAAAUUUUUUAAGAGAAGAAAUCAUUAGAGCUGGUCAUUUACAACAAAAUAUUAUUCUAAAUUUACCAAUUCAAAAUGCAUUUAAAGAUCCUAUUUGGAUAAAAUAUGGUAAUGAUUUAAGACAAAUUGCAGAUGCAUUUUCAAACACAAAAGAAAGGGAACAGAUUUACAAUAAAGCAAACCAAGUUUCAUUGUGUACACUAACCUUGGAACAUUUUAUGGAUCUCCUUACAGAAAUAUUUUGUUUUUUUCCAGCUCAAUUCAAUAUCACAAAUGAACUCAGAAUAGUAAUUCUCUUUCUUUUUUCCAGUGAUCUCAUUAUAAGGACUAUCAAAAAUAAAUCCAUGUUAACAUUACAAUUAUUUAAUUCUUUGACAUACAACCAAAAUGAUACAAUAUUACCUUUGUUCCAAUGGACUGUAGAAUAUAUCAAACAUAAAUUAAGUGCAUGGGUACAAUCAAGAGGUGGCUGGAAAUCUAUAUUGGACAAAAAUAAUCAUAAUAAUUAUGAUAAUAGAUUAUCUUAUAAUAUUGAACCAAAAAAUGAACAAAGUCCUUUUUUUUCUGGUCCUAAAUUACCAAUAUUAUUUUCAUUUUCUUUAGGAAUCUCAUUAGGUAUAUUAAUAGCAUUGCAUUUACUCAGACAAAAAGCUCAAAAGUUAUAAAAUCAGUAUAAUGUUUGUAAUUUUACCACAAUCUAUAUUUAUAUACUCCAUAUGCAAUUUUUUUUAUGUCAAAUUUUUAUAAUGAGCAUAUUUUCUAUUUUGAUUGUGAUUUUUGUGAUAUUCAUAAAGAUUACCCCUUUUUAAAUAUAGUAAUGGGUGCCCAACAGAUUGGCUAAAUGUCAUAUGCCCUUUACCUAGAAAAAUUAAAACAAUUUUUAAAAUAAUUAUCAAUUACAAUAUAGUAUUACUCAAUUUUCAUACCUACAAUAUCCCUUAAUAAUGUAAAUUUUGAAAUUGUUUGCUUAAAAAAAGAGUUAUAAAAUUGUUAGCUGAAAAAGAAGUUAUUUUUUAAAAUUAGAAAAUAAAAAUUCAAUGAAAAAUAAUAUUUGAGCCUGCUGAGAUUGGAAAGCUAGUGAUGACACUUCAAUUAAUAGUAUGAAAUUAUUCUUUUAACCAUAAAGAUAUAAAUAAUAUUGAAAAUAAUAUUAGCAAAUCAAUUACUUGAUUAAUGGCAAGUCAAACAUAUACAAGAUAUUAUUUUUUUUAAACAAUGAACAGAAGUAAUAGAAAAAUAAUCACAUUGGAGGAUACCUACCUAACAAAGAUGAAAUGUAAGAGUAUAUUCCUUUACUGACAAAUAAGGAGACUUUAUAGCUGUAAACUAUUAUAUGAGGUAAUAAUAUUUUUUUCUUUGUUAAUUAUUUAUUAUAAAAUUUUUGCAAAGAAUAUGAAUCUAAAUUAUUUGCCAAUAAAUAUUUAUAAGUUUUUUUUAAAGUAUACAUGCCCCCUCUAAGGAAAAAUUAUUCUA